AUGGAAGUGCGAAGGCGACUACCUCGCGAGAGGUCCUACGUACACGAGAAGCAAGAGAGUGCUCCGAUUCCCGAUACGGCGACAUCCAAGACUGGACAUGGUGUGAUCAAUGGGCUGCUGGUCCUGCUUGGAUACUUGGUUCAACUCCUGAAAUCGGUCGUGUAUGGGCCACAGAAGACGGACACGCGACAGAAAGAAGAUGAAGAUGAGGAUAAGAGCAAUGAAGAGACGAUACUAUUGGGGCGUAUGUGCGGUGGAGUGAUUGCGGUGCACGAAGGGCGACGCAAGAGGAGUACAGCUCUAGUGCUCUCUUCCAGUAGUCGCGAUGGAGAGGUGCCUUCUGUACUGAAGCAUGCCUCGUCCGCAUAUGCAUUCUUGGGCUCAGAGACGCAUUCCCGACUUCUCCGCUGUCUUUCCUACGGCNCCCCAAUCGUCCUCGAACACGCCNCCCUCGGCACCGUCCACGCCCUCCUCUCCACCAAAACACCAUACCCUUCCCUCUCGCACCCCUCAAUACCAGCCAAACACGCCACCCUCGCCCUCCCACUCUCCUGGCUCCUCCAAACCUCCUCCGCCCUCCGCUUCCUGCACGACCAGAAAGUCACCCACGGCGCAAUCUCCCCAUCCUCUCUUUUGCUGCGCUCAGACAUGUCCAUCGCCAUCACCGACUUUACAAAAUCCACAAUCAAUGGCCACAAUAAUGGUGUGCCCACCAGAGCGCCAAAAGAAUUUGCGUUCCCAGUGGAUGCGUUGAGAUAUGAUUACUUUGAUGGCGAGUUGUCUGCAAACUCUCAAGCGCUGGGGUUGGCGAUUGAUGCAUUUGAUUUUGCGACGCUGGCUUAUAGGUUGUUGGUGAGGAAGGAGCCGGAGUGGGAGUUGCCGACGGGUAAUGGGACUUGGGCUCUGGAAGAGUUGCAUGAGGCGUUGGACGAAGCGGCGCCAGAGUUGGGGGAUGAGAUUGUGGUUGGCUAUGUGGCGAGAGAUGCUUGGUGUUUGGUCUAUGAGGAGGGCAAGACUUUGCAGGAGGAUGUUGUGCAUGCGUUGCUGAGACAUGGUUUCCAUGUCAGAGGCGAUGAGGUUAUUGGUGUCAAGGAGGCUGUCCGGGACUUUGCAGAAUCGUAUCAUCCUUCUUGGAGAUUCGAGAAGUGA